AUGACCCAAAGCCUUGUUUGUAACCGUCAACGACCACCCGACUUGCCCACUCAUGACAAAUUUUCAGAUAUAUGUUUCGAUCUGUUAUAUCCUCCAACAUUCCAAGAAACAGACAACAACUCCGGAAGCUGGAGGCUCACUUCGCUCGAACCUAGCCAUCAAGUUAUAUCUCCGUACGCGUAUCAGCUACGUUUACUCCUUUGGUCGGGCGGACGCAACGAUGUCAUGAAAGAUUUUGUGGAAAUGUGUAGGACUGCUGGGUUAACGAGCAACAUCACGCUCGUUCAAUUGUACAGGGACGUUCAAGUUCAGGCCUUCCGUUCCAAAUUAUUCUCUCGUGAGCUCAUGCAUAGGUACGAGAACACACUGCGCCGCGUCAAGUUUCCGUGGCCAGUUACCUUCCAACUCGCGUCACUUCUAUACAACGGCGUCCUCCAUACCAAUGAAAUCCUCGAUCUUCUUCCUUCAGUCCAAGAAGUUUACGAGGCCCAUCUGAGCGACACGGGAGACCUCCUGAAACAGUUCCAUGAUGCCUUGUUACAAAAGGCUGAACGUCAAAGUCCGAAGGCGUGCUUCCAGGAGAUUCUCCAGAAAUUCAAACCCAGGAAAGCCAGAGGGUUUAACGCUUCAUUGAUCAGCGCGGCCCACGUUACAAUUACUCCUACCCGCAUGCUUUUGGAAGGCCCACUUCCCACACAAUCCAACAACGCCAUCCGGAAGUAUAAAGGUUGCGAUGAUAACUUUAUUCGGGUUGACUUCCGUGACGAGGACCGAUCUUCCUAUAAGCGAAAUCAGGAUGUCGACGACAUGUCCGUUUUACGUGAGCGGGUAGGUGACGUCUUGAAGCAAGGAAUCAUGAUAGCAGGACGACAUUUUCAGUUCCUUGCGUAUUCCACCUCCUCUUUGCGCGAGCAUGCUGUGUGGUUUAUGAGCAGCUUUGAAAGUGGUGGUGAAAUGAUAACACCCCAAAAAGUUGUUCGAGAUCUUGGGGAUUUCAGCGCACUGGCUCAGCAACCCUCCAAAUAUGCAGCACGAAUUGCUCAGAAAUUUUCAGCUACAGACCCAUCGGUUCAUAUACAUGGUCACGAGUGGGAGCGCGUCGAUGACAUCGAAUACAUCGAGGAGCGGACCAUCAGAAACGACGACGGUGAUAUUGAGACAAGAAAGACUGUUCAUUGCUUCACGGAUGGAGUAGGCACUAUCUCAGAGUCUCUCGGGCAAGAAAUAUUUGAAACGUUGAGGAACAACGAAGGUCGUCUCGAAGAGAAAGCUCCCCUGCCGUCUGCGUACCAAAUCAGAUUUAUGGGCUCAAAAGGUGUUGUAGUCGUUGACAAGCAGCUUGACAAAAACUCGAGUGGGAUUCGCAUGCGGCUGAGGCCAUCAAUGAUCAAGUUUCCUUCCCUUGCUCAAAGCGAACCUCUUGAAAUUUCAGAAGCUUUCCGUUAUCCAAAACUUUGUUAUCUCAAUCGCCCGCUUGUCAUGUUUUUGGAAGACCUUGGUGUGAGACUGCAGACCUUUUUGGAUUUACAGAAUGCCGCCAUUGCGGAGGCCCAGACCAUCGACGAUUCACUCGAGCAAUUCCGAUCUAUCAUGGAGACCCAUCGGGGCGGACUUGGCAAAUCAUUCGAUUUUCCAGACAUUCUGAAGCAUUUCGAGGACGACGGGUUUGAUUUGCAUAGCCAAGACGGUCGCCCAGGAAUUGACAACCAGUUCAUCAAGCAACUUAGAAAUGUUGCGAGAAUAGAAGUUUUGCGCGAGAUUAAGCAUUCUGCGCGAAUCAAGAUUCCAGACAGUUAUUUGCUUGUUGGUGUGGCUGACGAAGGUCCGGCGUAUCGGAAAGACGGGUACCAGAACGUGUACGAGCUGCCGGAGGGACACAUAUACGCUUGUGUUCAGAAGGCCGGUGAUAAGGAACCCACUUGGCUCAGUGGCUCAUGCUCAAUUUCACGGAGUCCUGUUGCCCACCCAGGCGAUGUACAACGAGUCCGAUGUAUCGGUAAACCUCCGGAGGACAAACUUUGUCUUUUUUCUCAUUUGGUGAACGUGGUGGUCUUGCCGUCUGUUGGCAAACGUUCACUGGCGUCUUGCUUGGGGGGCGGAGACUUGGAUGGUGACAUUUACUCAGUCAUCAUGCUCGAACCGUUGCUUCCGACGCAGAUGGUUGUACCGGCAAGCUAUGACUCUCUACCUCCGCGUGCACUUCCUCCAGGCCAAUCCAUCGAAGAGGCCGUUUGUGAUUUCAUCGUUGAAUAUAUCCACUCAGAUGUUUUGGGACUCCUAUCAAAUCGACUGCUCGUCAUUGCAGAUCAAUCCAAGGAAGGCGUUUUUGAUCAAGACUGUGAACAUCUCGCAGUUUUGUGUUCCCAGGCUGUCGACUACCCAAAGCAAGGCAAUCCUGUUGACCUGUCGGGCGGGGCUCUACCUCAUCCCCUGAUCAGGUGCAAACCCGACUGGCAAUCCGCCGAGAUAAACGCACCCCGCCAAACCGACUAUUACAAGUCGACGCGAGCACUUGGCGUGAUGUUCCGUGAUCAUAGACUCGAAGUCGAUGGCCCACUUCCCGAGAUGGAGCAAAGAGACAGAUCCGCUGAACCGCUUCUGAGCGAUCCGAUCUCCCUUGCGUACAAAGAUCGCGUCCAGCGCCACAUCGGAACAGCCAUUGAGCCAAGUGAACACGAAUUCGUGACAACUUUGUUUCAAAGAUAUGUCGCAGAGCUAUCUUACAUUUGUGCGAUCCACACGCUCUCGAAUUCCCGUACGAUCCGACUUCGAGAGGAAGAAGUCGUCGCUGGGACGAUCCUUGCCUCCUGCAACAACAAAAGAAUGCGGAGGGAUAGGAUUGAGCGGGUGAAGGUCCAUUCGGGGGUGAUCGUAAAGGAGAUACGGCAAGAUCUGGUAGCGCCGGGAUAUCACGAUUCAGAGAAGCUGACGCCAGAUGCACGGCUCGCAGGGCAACUGCUUACGCUGGAGAGAGCAUGGCAGGCCUGGGUGUUCUCGUUGAAGCUCGGAAACGAGUUUGGCGCGAACAGCUUUGGCCUCAUUGCUCUAGGAAGCAUAUUUGAUUGUCUUGAUCGUUUAGAAGGAAAGAAGGGACAGUCUCUUGACACAGUUAUCGAGGAGGAAGACACUGAGCGCUUGGACUUUGAUGCAUUUUAG